CCCAGGGAGAAGAUGCCAUUCCACCAUGUAACAGCUGGCUUGUUGUACAAAGGCAACUACUUGAACCGAUCGCUCUCCGCCGGCAGUGACAGUGAACAGCUAGCAAAUAUCUCCGUGGAGGAACUGGAUGAAAUCCGUGAAGCUUUCCGGGUGCUGGACAGGGAUGGGAAUGGCUUUAUAUCCAAGCAGGAGCUGGGCAUGGCGAUGCGCUCGUUGGGAUAUAUGCCCAGUGAGGUGGAACUGGCGAUUAUCAUGCAGCGCCUUGACAUGGAUGGGGAUGGCCAGGUUGAUUUUGAUGAAUUUAUGACCAUUCUGGGACCUAAGCUGGUAUCAUCAGAAGGCAGAGAUGGCUUUCUGGGAAAUACAAUAGACAGCAUAUUCUGGCAGUUCGACAUGCAGAGGAUAACACUAGAAGAGCUGAAACACAUCCUCUACCACGCCUUCCGGGACCACUUAACGAUGAAGGACAUUGAGAACAUCAUUAUCAAUGAAGAGGAGAGUUUAAAUGAAAACUCUGGCAACUGUCAAACAGAGUUUGAAGUGCACGCCCAGAAGCAGAACAGACAGACCUGUGUACGGAAGAGCCUUAUCUGCGCAUUUGCCAUGGCCUUUAUUAUAAGCGUGAUGUUGAUUGCGGCCAACCAGAUCCUGCGGAGCGGCAUGGAGUAGCCUCUCGCCAUGACACUGUGAACCAAACUGACCAUGCAUGCGCAUGCCACCGGGUGAGCUUCCCCCGAACCGACUCUCACACGGCAAAGAGACAGAGGCAGGCAGAUAACGCACCAUUCGACAAGGAGCCUGGGGCCAGCAGCGUAACGUGUCUUGUGAAUCAACUACAUCCUUUUGGCAGGGACAUAAAAGGGCUGUCUUAAUGCUUUAAAGGUUUUGUUUCCUAAUGCAAUAAAAAAAAAAUAUACAGGAGUCCUGAAUUAUUGCUUCAAAACAGCAAUGGUAACUUGGAAGACACUUUCAUCCAGCGGUCUGUUUUGCAGUUUCAAGGAGGCACAGCCUCGUGACUCAUUGCAGCAGGGCUGUCUUUUAAUCUAGGGGCCAACUGACUAUUUUGCGUAGCUCUCCACUGGGCCCACAUUCCCAGGAAGUUGAUCGUAGCAUUGCCACAAGCAAGUCUUGUUCAUUUUAUUUCAUGUACUUCAGCUUCAGCUUCACUUUGUUUUUCCCUUAUGACCAUGCCUUUGAGUUUAUGGCAUUAGAGGGGAGCUAGAGCAUCCUUGUACAGUAUUUUCAAAGUAAAAAGAGGAGAAUUUGCCAGCAUCAUACAAAAUGUCUAUUUUUGCUUCAUAAACACUGCCUUUGACACCAGACUGUGGGGUAGCAUGAGUCUGUUAGCCAUUUUUUUUCCACCGCGAAUCAGGGUUUAAGAACCACCACCCGCUUUCACACAUGGGCAUUCCUGAGAUUUGUACAGUCUUCCAGCCAACUCUGCAACCACCAGCACCAGCCUUCUCUUUGGUCCCACCUGUGUAUUCAACUACAUUUUCUUUCCAGAAGUCUUGCCCUCUCACUAUAUUGGUCUUCACCACAACCUUAUAUGAGACCAAAACCAUAAGGAAAACUCUUUCUCAGCUUUUCUCCCUGCUCCUCACCUGCCCAAUUUUUAUUUCAUUUGCCCUGGUUGUAAUCUGCAGUGAAUCCUCCAUGUCAGACACCUUCUCGUGGGAGACGUUACCUUUUCACCUGUGCGGCGAUGUGGGUUUUGACAAGCCAGCUGCUCCAGACCUUCACUGGAGCCGUCCCACCACCUCUGCUACCACUCCACCCGUCCCAUGGAUGGGCUCAAGAGAGGAUGAGCUGGAAAGCAUGCUGCAGCAAGAGAAGAAGGAAUCAAACUUGAGCAUACCACCAUAUGUUAUGCAGUGUGUCAGACUUUCAGAUCCCGCAAGUGUUAGUUAUUUUUCCUGGAAGAGAUUUGAAUGUGCAGCAAGGAGAAGAUGGAGUGAUGCAAACAAGAGACACAACACAUCCUGCGGAAAGUGCAGGGACUGCACACUCCUGGAGCCAGGAUUACAUCUGAAAGUGUUUCUCCUUUUAAACAUGAUAUAAAUCCUUGCAUUUACCUUCAGAUGAACUGUGCAUCUGCGUGUCACCCCUGGGAGAGAUCUGGUUUCCUUGACUUCAUGGGAGAUGUUUGCAGCCGGCACACGCGGAGUCAGCGCGGGAAGCAUUCACGCAGGCGUCAGAGCUGCGGUGGCUUCAUGCUGCCAGCUGGGCAAGCUCCAGAAACACCAAGGAACAGUGAGAUCCUGCUCCUGGAACGUAGAUGACUGUUUCCUGUGUCAUGAGAGGGGGCAGGAUGGCUUCCAGAGGGAUUGUGAACCAUGAGCUUCCCUCGUCCUACACAGCAGUCAUUGGCUUAAGCCUGGAUGCAUCCCAAAGACUUUUUUUUUUUUAUUUUUUGGUUUCAAGUUUGAUUGAUAAUAUUUAACCUGUAUUUCUUUUUUGUAGCCUAAUUUGAAAAUGCGUUUCUCAUUGUUCUGUCUCCCACUACCCUUUUAAACUCAUGUCACUGCUUACGGUUUUGUCUUUAGGUGUGUGUUGUAGUCACCCCCUUCCAUAACAUAGCCAUUUUCAUGGUGCCCCCCUUCCAUAUGUGAAGAUGACAGCUGUCAUUUCCAAAGUGGCUGAGUCGUUUUUCUGCCUUCCACAAACACACACUUCUGUAUUUCUGUUCUGCUGUGACUAAUAGAGGUCAACCACAAAACAUUCCACUAAAAUUUUUACAUCUCCCAGAAGAUGGAGGGAUUUGUGUUUCUUAUAGGGCAGGAGCAGACUUCAAACCAACAGCAGAAAAUCAUAGGCAAGCUCAAGCACAGGAUUCACUCUGCUGGGGAAAACCAGGGGUGCUCCCAGAACUCACUGUGCUGGAUAUUGCAGAUAAUGAGCCUGGAGAUCUUUUUGAGGGAACUGUCAUCCACAUUUUUAGGUCUUGGGGCACAUGAAUUGGUGGGGGCAGCAGAAAAAGUCUAAACGUUACUUGCCACCGAGUGGUACUUAUUAACUUUUUUUUUUUUUUUUUUUUUUUUUUUUCCUGGGAUGGUGCUGGAGUGGAUGUGGGAAGCAGAGCAGAUGGAGAUGGAGCAGAGGUGGGCACCGACUCACCAGCCCCACUCAGCACAGCAGCUCCAUGGGGCAGAGCAGUGCCUCUUCGCUUAGCACAGAAAGACGAGUAAAACAUACACCAGGCUUUUCUCCACGUUCUUCUCACUCAUCCAACAGCUAACACCAGGCAGACUCCAAUUAUAACAGCUACCUUACAGAUUAUCUUUAAUCUUUUCCAUUCCUCCAAGCCUUCUAGAGGCUCCAUAGUUUCUACAUGCAUGUUCCAUUAAAAAACAAAAACAAACAAACAAACAAAAAAAACACUUUGUAAAUACAGUCAUUGUUCAGCACAAUUCUUCGUCUUGAAGGUCCAUUUGUAAAACCAAACCUAUAAUUAAUAUAUUGGUAAAAGCCAUAGCCUGGGGUCAGUAGAGUUCAUUGCAAAACUCCCAGCUGAUUUUACUGGGUACGGGAUUUGGGGAUUUUUUGAUUUUGCUUUUUCUGUGGGGAACCCAAUUUAUCCAUUAUGAAUCAGUGCCACGUCUUGCCAGAGGUCUCCUCUUCCUUCCUAGAGCAGCCUUUCUUCAUUUAAAGGCAUCUUGAAGAUAUCCCUUCUUUAAUCUGUCAGGCUCUUCUGGUAGUGUGUGGCAAUGCAGGAUGGAUCAGUCCAAGCUGUUUCAACCCUUCCACUCCCAGCAACCUCCAGCAACCUUUCCAGUUACACCUCCACAUCCUUCCUGGCCAGCAGCAUUGGACCUCUGUCUCCUCUCUCCCUCCCUGGCUCCAUUUAUGUAACAUCCAUUUAUCUUCUUUCCUUUUUUUUUUUUUCUUCUUCUACAUAAGAGGUGGAAAAAGGGGCUUUUUAUUGCUUUUACAGACAGUAGGUAAAAAUAUAGCAGUAAAAUUUUGAUUGGAACCUGUUUGCAAAAGUUCAGGGGGAAGAAAGUAGAAGAAUCAAAGGAAAAAAAAAAAAAAAAAAUCCCAUACUUUAAAAAAAAAGAAAAAGAAAAAAGAAAGAAAGAAAAAGAAAAAAAAUAUUAAGUGCUAAUUAACAUACUUUAAAAAAUACCCAGACUGCAGCAGGGCUAGGUAGAGCUGUCAGAAAAAGCACUAAACUUAUGCUCUUGCCAGUUACAUGAGAAUUUAAGUGUCUUUUCAGCACUGCAAUUCUGUAUGAAAAGGAUAUUGCUAUGGCAACCCUCGCUGUUCGUGACAUGUGUGCCACAAGUUGGAGCGACACGCAGCAAUUGCAAACACACUCCCAGCCACACCAAGGCUGGACAAAUGACUCCCAGCAGCCCAGGACAGCCCAGGACAGCUCAUGGAUUAGCAAAUUAUCACCAAAUGCUGAGCACCCUGAAGAUGACUGUUGGCUUAGUCACAAAAUAUAAAAAUAAGGUGUGCAAUUAAACAGAUUGGCACAGAGGGAAAGAUUUGAGGUGGCUGUGAUUGUUUUAGCUUGAGAGAGGCUUUGGUUUGGUUUGGCUUGGGAGCAAAUAAAAUCAAGGCAGUGUACGUGCUGCUCAACACAGGCUGCCCUGGGCUUGUUGGGCACAUCCGUCACAGAGGGACCAGUCCUGAUGGGAAGGACUUGGCUUAUUGCUACUGCACAGCACAGGGCUGCUUUGCUGAGAACCGUUUGUGGCUUUAACUUUGAAGGCGCAGCCUGAUUUUCAAGCAGCACAAGGCAUCUGCUCCGGAAGAAGCCAACAAGGGAGCAGCAGGCAUGUGGCACUUCAGAGGCCACAGAGAAAUGAAUUCCAGCAAAAAGCCGCUAUUGGAACUUGGAUUACCUGUCAGAUCUGAAGCCAUACCAUCAGGUCAGCCACAAAGGCCUCAGCUGAGGCAUUACUGUGCCCGCCAAGCGCAGCGUGGCGCUGGGCCUCAGGGGCAGGCACUUGCCCACAACAGGCCGCACCACCUCAGGGCCUCACCGGGGCCUGACCCUCGCGCUGGCUCCACCACUGAGAAGGCUUUAAUAAUCAGAUGCAGUAUUGGCAGUAGUACAGAGAACUAAAAACCACAAGCAGUGUGGGCAACUGGAAACCCUCUUUUAGGGGGCAUUUGGUCCUUAACGCUGGUAGAGGUUAUAUAGGGAUGACAAAGCACAAAAAGUCUUGAAAAGAAAGAAGUAAUUAAUUUUUGAGUUUGAUGGAUACCUACAAAUGUGCUGGUAACUGUUAGAGGACACCCCAUCCUGGUGGAGGUCACAGACCUCCCCAGGACAGGGGUCACCUGUGAGCAGGUAUAGGAGGCCUGGCUACCUGCUCCCGCUCCCAGAUGAACUAGAGCUGGAUAUUGGGGUAUCACCUGCUGAGAGACUUCAUACACUCUAUUCAGUGGUUAUUGGGCGCUCACUUUGGAUAUGAUGAACUGUCAGAACUGGAUGUUACUUGCUUUACGUUAAAGAUUUCCAUGAACUCUGGGAAAAAAUAAAUAAAUAAAUAAGAUAUAUGCACUGUUUUAAGCUGAGGCCAGUCUUUCUCCCAUAAGUAAUAGAACACUGAGGAAGUAAAUCAGGAACAGAUAGAAAGCAUUCCUAAGGAUGCUACUUGAGAUGGAUGAAGUCUUUUUGACAGACUUGGAUGAGCAAAGUACCUACUGGCAAACACUUUAUUCCAUGGAAAGAAUGCACUGCAUCUUUCUGCCUGCUCCAAAAGACCAAAGCAUCUCCUGGGACACCCAGAGGACCAUGCAAGGCCAUCCAAGGUCCAGUGCUGGCUCUGCUCAAGAUGACACAUUGCUUUGCGAGGUGCCCGGUACUCUGCAGCUUUUUUCCACGAAAGACUCUUUCCCUGCAUGUAGCAUGCACGUGCCCAGAGCAAGUUGCACUGCCAAGGGCUGUCAUCACACAAAAGCAAGAGGUUCUCAGUCCCGAGUCAGACUUAGAUCUGCGAAGAGAGAAGCAGUAGGAGGAAUACAUUAAGAUCACUAAGAAUGAAGUUCCCUAUUUUAUCCACCCGUGUAAUAUAUUAUUUAGUUUCUGCUUUAUGGAUGACUAUUUGAAAGAAGAAAAACAACUCUUCUAAAAUGAGAAUCUGAUAAAGUAUCUUUUUUUUUCUUUUUUCUUUUUUCUUUUUUUUUUUUUUUUCUUGGCUCUGAAUCAUGCUUACAUUUCACAGAUGAAGAUGUACAGAACUUGCUGGUUUUCAAUCUAUUAUUUUACCAUACUGAGUUCUGACAGUGCAAUUAUAUUUCCCUGGCAUCACUUAAAACCUAUUACCUUCCCAGGAACUAAGGAAUUUAAUACAGAAAAAGAAAAGGCUCAAAACAUUUUAAUCUCGCUAUGUUGUUGGUUAUUAUCAGAAACAAAUCUUGUUUUUCUCCAGUUCAAGUAGCAUGUUUUAGGCAGCUCUAUGAAGUGGAGUCUGAAGUUUUUCAGACUUUUGUUCCAGUGGCAGAAGUCUGAAAAAUUGCCUCAAUUUGUCAUCUUCACUAGUAAAGAAUUUCAGCCCCCAAAUGGAUAAAAAGAGGGGAAAAGGGAGAAAAAGGAGUUCCUCUGAAUCUAUUAAUCAGUACUUGACAAUUUGACCAUGAAAAUAGCUUUUUUAAUUAUUAUUAUUUUCUGUCAAGACAGAACAAAAUACUUUGUAGCCUUGAAGAGUAUUACUAAAUGGAAUUGCCAUUUUCCAUCCAAAUAUUUUUCUACAGCUGUUCAUGGCCAAUAUUUGCCAGCAUCAUGAAUAAGCAUCUUCAAACACCAUUCAUCUUACAGUGCUUUAGGUGAGUUCCAUAAUGCAACUUUCCUGUAUCAGCUUUCAUUGGCCAACAGGCAGACAUCUGACCAUCCCAUAUAAAGCUGUCGAGCUUGCUCUAGUAGCUACCCCUCCAGUCUUGCCAGCACUCAGGCAUGUCGUCUCUCCUGUGAGCUGUCCAACCAAACUCAAACCAUGAUGCCGAUGUGUUUGCAGCAUCAGGCCCCUGGGGUUGCCAUUUGACAGCAAUCUUCAAACAAGUGCACGUAUUUUCAUAUUGCAGCUAUUCAAGAAUGGCACAACAUUUCCCACCAUCUCUGUCAGAGGAGCCAAAGUUAUUUCAGCUUCAUGCAGCAGCUCUUGUUCUCUCAGAUUUUAAUUGGGGUGGUGGGAGGAAGAAAGGUGAAGUUCCUCUCGGACUCCAGAGUAAAUAAGUAACUCAUUGGAGUUAAUUGGCUUAAACUGGAAUAA